UUGGAAGUUGGCAGGUGGAGAGGCAGGUUGGGAGGGGAAGUCGGAGGAGGAGGAGGCGGAAGAGGCGCUGUCGGAAGGGGGAGGAGGGAGGGAGGAAAAGAGGAGGAGGCGGAGGAGAACUGAGCUGAGCAGAGCAGAGCAGAGCAUCGAGCCAAAGGGGAGAUGAGUUUGUCUGUCCUCGGCUGAGGCUCCGGCCGGGCCUAGGGAACUGGGAGCUCGGGUUGGAGCGACACCCGUGGAAGUGGGAGGAGGUGGCUCUGGGACUUUAACCCCUUGUGGGCUCUGCGGCAGGGGAUUUAACCCUUUGUGGAUCCGGCCCCUCGGAGGCAGCGUCAUCGGGUAGUUUUAACCCCUUCGGGGCUGGGUUUAACCCGUUGGACUCAACCUCAUCUCCUUGCCCACCAACUCCUCGGUCGUGGGGGCGCUCAGCGGGGAGGCUUGAGGCCCACCCCCUCUGCACAUUACGUACUGUUCCUGCUGCUGCACCCUCUUGAACCAGCUACCUGGCCGCGCUGUGGGCGCUUAACCCUUUACUACCUUGAGCUCCCCAAGUUGCAAUUGGACUUUGCUGACAGAACUGGCUAAAGGCGUCACUGCAAGAAUUACAGACCGAAGAGGACUCUGUUGGACAUUUUUUAGAAGAAAAGAAAAACCUCUUUUUUUCCUUAAGGACUUACGGCCAAAAUUUUUCAAACUUCGAGAAGAGGACUCUCUUAGCCAUGGCCGAACCACUUUUGUCAGAAUAUCAGCACCAGCCUCAAACUAGCAACUGUACAGGUGCUGUUGCUGUCCAUGAAGAGCGGAACCCCGAUCGCCCCCCAGGCGCGGAGGAGCGGGUGCCCGAGGAGGACAGUAGGUGGCAAUCGAGAGCGUCCCCCAAGUCGGAUGGCCGUCCGGGGCUGGAGGGGGAAGGGAGCCUGGAGCCCCAGCCGCCUCCCCUGCAGACCCAGAUCUGUCCAGAACCUAGCUGUCCGGAAGGGGGCGAGAAGGGCCAUAAUGGAGACGACUUGUCCGCUGGCGGCUCCCCUCCGUCGGUGGCGGGAGGGGAACCGAGACCCGAGGCCGAGCCGCUCGCCCAGCCAUGUCCUGACUCUGAGGCCAACAAGUUGGGGGCUCCUGUCGCAGGGGGCGAGGAGGCGUGGGGACAGCAGCAGAGACAGCUGGGCAAGAAAAAACACAGGAGACGCCCCUCCAAGAAGAAGCGGCAUUGGAAACCAUACUACAAGUUGACUUGGGAGGAGAAGAAAAAGUUCGACGAGAAACAGAGCCUACGAGCUUCCAGGAUUCGAGCCGAGAUGUUCGCCAAGGGCCAGCCAGUCGCGCCCUAUAACACCACGCAGUUCCUUAUGGAUGAUCACGACCAGGAGGAGCCGGAUCUCAAAACCGGCCUCUACCCCAAGCGAGCCGCUGCCAAAUCCGACGACACCAGCGAUGAGGACUUUAUGGAAGAAGCAGGCGAAGAGGAUGGGGGCAGCGACGGGAUGGGAGGAGACGGCAGCGAGUUUCUGCAGCGGGACUUCUCGGAGACAUACGAGCGGUACCACGCGGAAAGCCUGCAGAACAUGAGCAAGCAGGAGCUCAUCAAGGAGUACCUGGAGCUGGAGAAGUGCCUCUCACGCAUGGAGGACGAGAAUAACCGGCUGCGGCUAGAAAGCAAGCGGCUCGGCGGCGACGACGCGCGAGUGCGGGAGCUGGAGCUGGAGCUGGACCGGCUGCGCGCCGAGAACCUCCAGCUGCUGACGGAGAACGAACUGCACCGGCAGCAGGAGCGAGCGCCGCUGUCCAAGUUUGGAGACUAGACUGAAACUUUUUGGGGGGAGGGGGCAAAGGGGACUUUUUACAGUGAUGGAAUGUAACAUUAUAUACAUGUGUAUAUAAGACAGUGGACCUUUUUAUGACACAUAAUCAGCAGAGAAAAUCCCCCCGGCUUUGGUUGGUUUGGUAAAUUUAGCUAUGAUGUAGCUUGCUGUGCUUUCUCCUGUUCUUUAAUUAUGUGAUGAAACUAAAGGGUUGCUUUUCUUGUUUUCCUUUUUAGAAGGUUUUUUUAAAUAAGUAAUUUGACCAAGUUAUAAUGCAUUUUUGUUAAAAAUCCCCUCCUUAAACGGAGCUAUAUGGUGGCCAAAUCUGAGAACCAUUAAAUUCAUUCUAGUUAUAAUAAAUUUAAUAUUUGUAAAUGUAACAUAGUUUCAGUGUGAUUUCUAGAGCUAAUUCAAAACAGUACUGAUUUAUGUGAUUGCAUUUUGCGGGUGGGGUAAGGAAAUUAUUAAAUGUCAGUUUGGAAAAAAAACUAAUGGGAGAAUUUUCACCUUGCCCGAGUUUUCCCUUGAAUGGGUUUCAGUGUGCUACAAUAUACAGUUCAGGCAAAAUAUAAAGAUUUCAUUAUCUGCAGUACUUCAGUGUGCUUGCUUUCUAGUGCCUUGGUUUUCUUUCUUGAUGCUGGAGAAAUAAACCAGUGUUUGCUGUUUGGGGAGUAGAAAGUGGCUACAAUCAGAAGCUUAAAAUUUAAUUCCGUUUUUCAAUAGCCAUUCAAAGCCUAUUAAAAAUGUAAACCUAAUUUGGCAGUUUGUUAGGCUAGACAAUUGACAGCCCCAUUUCAUUCUUACAAGCAGGUUUUUAGUAACCACCCCCCACCUCCCCCAAUAAGGCUGGAAUGAGUUCCUCAGUGCCUGAAAGAGGCUCUUGGUAAACCUCUUGCUUAGUGCAAGCAACGGUUGGAUAAACUUGGGCAGCUCUUUAUGUUAAGAUGUUUAGAGGUAGGGAAUAUUGGAUUUAUACAGGAAAUGGCUGUUUGGGGCAUUCCAAGGACUUACCCUAAUUGUCCAAUACUUAGGGGCUCCCUCUACCAAAAAAAAAGCUGUCCACCCUUACAUUCGGGUCAAACUAAAAUUAGAAAUGCCCCUCACUGCAAAUCAAAUGUAAAGCUUCUGGUUAUGGAGCUAAAUUAAGUCCUUAGGGGCCGAGUGGGAACCCUGCACAUUCCCUGUACAGCCGCUAUUUUCAAUCUCCUGCUCUGAUAGCUGGUUAGGUUCUUGAGUAGUUCUGCUCUUGAAAAUGCAGGGAGGCCCUGGGAAUUAAUUUCUUCCCCAAAAUUAAAAUAGUAAGAAAUUAUAAGAUUGUUCCCUCCUAUCACCAUGGUUAACCUAGCCCAUCUUCACCUGCCCUGUGUCAAUGCUUCCGUAGGACAAUUGCAUUGCUCAAAUCACUAGUACAGGGGUUCUGUUCUUUAACUGGGAGCCUUAGAAACCACAGAGGGCCUUGGGGUCCAUGAACCCCAUGAAAUUAUACAUAGACUUUUGUUACAUGUACAUUUUUCUGGGGAGAGGGUUCCAGCGAAUCAAGAGAUUGUCACACUCCUUGAAGGUUAGGCACCCCUGCAGGGAAAGGGAAAAAAAAAAAACCUUCCAUUGGGAAGCUUGCUUUUGCAGCUAAAUGAAAUAGUGGAGGUGGUGGGAAAUUCAAGAGACAUGCACCUUACAAUGCAUAAGAAGCAUACGCAAAUCAAUGAAUCAAGGGAAAUUAUGCCAGUCAAGACCGACUCAGGGCCGUCAAAGCUGGACUGAGCUGGCCCUAUUCUGGCAGACGGUCCACUGGAGAAAAUGUACGAUUGGUUUUUCCUUUGGCCUAAAAAUUACAUUAAAUGUCUAUUUUGAAA